CUGGUCUCAGGGAUGAGGCUGAGGGCAGAGAAUUGGGCACAACCGUGAGAUUUAUCCGUCACAAUGGGGGAAGACAGACUUCUUUGUUUAUGUGUCAUGCUACUUCUUCUCCUGCUUUCUGCCAAUGACUCAGACUCUGCAGAACCGCAGUACAUGGUGCUGGUCCCCUCCCUGCUCCACACCGAGACCCCUGAGAAGGGCUGUGUCCUUCUGAGCCACCUGAACGAGACAGUGACUCUCAGUGCUUCAUUGGAGUCUGCCAGCGGAAACAGGAGCCUCUUCACUGACCUGAAUAACACGUAG